GCCGAGGAUUAGUGGCCCUGCCGAGCCGCCGUAGCGAUGGGAGAGAACGUGUCCAAGCGGCUAAAGUUGAUAUCGGCUACGGAAGCAGAGAUGGAGGAGCGCUCCUUCCAUAACCAGUUUGCUGACUGGGAGGCUGGACUGGCUGCCUGCAGCACUGCAGCUCAGCUGGAUCAUAACGACCCGUUUGACGCGGAAGGAAACGUUAAUGCAGCUUUUCAAAACAAGGUGCAGAGUAAGAUCAAAGAUCUCCUCCAGCAGAUGGAGGAGGGCCUGAAGACUGCCAACCCUCAUGACUUCUCCACAUAUACCGGCUGGACAGUUCCUCCGGCUCUUUGGGUCUCCUUCAGCCUCCUUCAGCUGCAGCGCUCAGUCCUGACUCCAGAUGCUGAGAUGCCAGACGAACUGCUGUACGGUCGAGCUGGAUACCUUUAUGCUCUGCUCUAUGUCAACAAAGAAGUUGGAGCUGACACAGUGGAUAAUGACACAAUUACAAAGGUGGUGACGGCCAUCGUGGAGUCAGGGAAGAACAUGUCGGCGGAGGAGAAGAAGACGGAUCGCUGUCCACUCCUCUAUGAAUGGCACAAGAAGCAGUACAUCGGCGCAGCCCACGGCCUCGCUGGCAUCUAUUACAUGCUGAUGCAGCCCGGAGCCAUGGUCCCCCCCAUCAUGCUGGCAGAGCUGGUUCGGCCGAGCAUCGACUACGUCCGCCACAGGAGGUUUCGAUCGGGGAACUUCCCUUCGUCUCUGAGCAACGAGAGCGACCGUCUGGUUCAUUGGUGUCACGGAGCUCCUGGAGUCAUCCACAUGCUCGUCAUGGCCUACAAGGUGUUCAAAGAGGAGAAAUACCUGAAGGAGGCAGCAGACUGCGCUGAGGUCAUCUGGCAGCGGGGCUUACUAAGAAAAGGCUACGGUAUUUGUCAUGGCACCGCUGGCAACGGCUACGCCUUCCUGACGCUGUACAAGCUCACCCAGGAGAAGAAGUACCUGUAUCGAGCGUGCAAGUUUGCCGAGUGGUGCUUGGACUAUGGGACACAUGGAUGUCGCAUCCCGGACAGACCGUACUCUCUGUUUGAAGGAAUGGCAGGAACCAUCCACUACCUGUCGGAGAUGGCCAACCCCGAAGCAGCCAGCUUCCCUGCCUUUGAACUUUAACCCAGGAAGGAGGCUGAGGAUCAGGAGGAGCUGAGACAGCAGACAAGACGUGAUGCGGACAUGUUUGUUGUUGCUGGAUGUGUUUCUGACAGACCAAGGCUGGUUCCACUGCAGGAUGAGUGUUGAUAAAGACAGCAAAGUAUUCCAGCAGCUUCAGGCUGAAGAAAUCAGUCCCUGAAGCCUCCUCCCUCGUUGGGAUCCAUUAUCAGCUGAUUGGGACAAUAUUUCGGACCCUCCACACCCUGAACUGCUGAUGCUGAAGAACCUGACCUGUUUAAACGCCUCUGCAUGUUUCCUGUCGUUUGCUUUUGGUGCCUGUCGUCUGUCUGAUGUCUAAAUGUGUUUUCUCUCUCCGUGUGUGUCGCAUUCUGCGUAACUUGAAUGAUGGGAAUAAGCUGAUGGUUGGAAGUGAAUCCUUUUUUCUGUGCAUGUUGAUAUAAUGCUGCCUGGUGCCCCAGUGGGGUUUUCCCAGGAGUCGCCAUGUGAUGCUACCUACUAAACACUAAAAGGAAAAACUGUUCUGUUUGUUUGUUUGUGGAUUCCUAUCAAGCAGAGGAGUUACAGUCUGUUAACACCUCGUCCCCCACAGCUGGCAGCGCUUUACAUUCACGCUUUUACAUCAUAUAAUGCCAGGUAUACACUGUGCGAUACCCGUCAGACUGAGCGCCGAGAGAUGGCAAUCUGGCAGAAGAAGAAGAAGGACUCCUUCUGCGGUUCUGGUAAAUCGGCUUGUAGCUCCGCUUCAACAGCAAGAUUUGUCCACAAACCCCUCAGGACGGCUGACUGGGUUUCAAACAUGUUUAAUUUUCUCCCGACCUUAUGAUUCCUGAUGGUGAGUUGGUUGUGAGAGGCUGAUCCCCUCUUGUUACCCCCUGUAUAUUACAUGACGCAGGACGCACCAUGAGGCUGAAACUCGGCCCGAUUGCAAAAAUUCUCUCAUCACUGGAAAAUCAGCCCGAAAGAAACAAAAAAUAAUACAGUGCAUGUCUGGCUGAAGGGGGUAAAGUGAUGUUAUAAUACUGAUGGUUUGAUGAGGCAUGCAGAGUUGAUACUGUCUCACAGAAUACUGACACCUGCUGGACAUUUAAAGACACUACAGGCAGCUUAUUGGACAGACUAAACUGAAUUGACUUGAUGGCCUAGUACACCGAUGUAAAUGAAGUUAUUGUAGGUUAUAUUGUAUUAUUCCACAUCUAUGUUUAAAUUGAAAAUCUAUUUUAUAUCUUUAGAUGCAACCUAUAAAUAGUGUAAAUAUCAUAAUUUACGGGAAAAUGAAUGAGGAUGAUUGUUGACUAGGAUUUAAAAUCAUAUUUUUAAAACAAUAAGUACAGUAAAAACAAUAAACUUUAAUUCAGAUAACUUGAGUGAUAACUGAGAGGAAAAUUAUGACACAAUGAGAAAAAUGAAAUAUAAACGCAACAACUGAAACAUUCUUAUUCCACUGAGGCUGCUCCAAAAUUGUUGAUAAUUUUAAUGAUAAACUUCAAAAGAUUAGACAUUUUUUUUAGCAGAUGCAUCAUGCUGACAGAUACGAUUUUAAACCGUUUGAAACGACUCCAUCGGGGGUUCCUGAACCCAUCACAACAAUAUAAGAUCACGGCUGAUGGUUUUUAGAGAAACUAAAAUCAUUUAACUGUAAAAUGCCAGAUUUUCUCCCCAGAUACAAGCAGAGAAAGCCAAACAUCUGGAGGGCAAAGUAUGGUUUAAUUCAGGUUAUUUAUAAAGCACAUCACAAGGCACUUUGCAGACGAUUCACUCCAAUUAAAGCUUUUUUUAAGGAAAUCCUGCUGAUUUGCAUCCAGACAUUGUCUUUGCAGUAUUUUCUCCUGGACUUGCUAAACUUUCUUUUAAAGAUGAUUGAAAGCUAUCUAACAGUCAUCCUCAAUGAGAAAUGAUGUUGCCAGAUGAUUGUACCAAUUAAAUCACUGCACUAUUGGAACAAUAUUACACGAGAGCAGGUGAGCAGGCAAGGGUUAAAAAGAGUGAGAACAACUUCUAGAAUACGAAUUUAAAUCUUGCCAUUAUUGUUUUUCAUUGUCUUUGUUGUGAUUACUCAGUAUUUCUUUUAAUUAAUCCAUGUUGAAAAAGGAAUGUGCACCUUUUAGUUUUACUUCCCUUGAGAAAGGCAAGUACUUUUUCUUUUGAUCAUUUUUGUUGAUUAAAAAAAACAUCAAAAAAGGUCUUACAAACAUUUCCUCAAUAACACUUCUACAGGUUGCAUUUGCUGACUGAUGGAAUCGUUGGAUUUUUCAACACAGUGUGCACUGGAAGUUUGUGGUGACUUUAUAACUUCUGUAUUUCUUCAAAGUCUUGGAAUGAGCUAUUUAUGUCACGGCUCAAUAUUCCAAUAUUCAGGGAAGACAGUCAGCGGUGUUACUCAAAAAGCGUGUAUUGAAAUAAACUGCAGAUCUGUAGUAGCAGCUGCUAUGGUGUCUGAGCCAGGAAACGCUGGAGAGAGAGGAAACACAGGUUAGUCACUUCCCUGGUUUACAAGUUCAGUCCGUGCCCAGAGAACAAGGUAGGAUUCAGCCGGACGGGUGCCAACAAGAUGUGGUUUGCACCGCCCAGAUGCUGCAGCCCCGGAGAACGAAAAACAAGCAGGAGUCUGAAGACAGGUCAGGCAAACAGAUCAGAUCAGGAACAGGCAGGCUCUGAGGUCGAGAGGCAGAACAGGAUCAGGUAAUCAGAAACACUGAGGUUCGCUAAAAACACCACAGACUGGAGAGAAAUAAUUUGGACCUGAUUACUGGUAGCAAGCAGUUUAAAUACAGACAAGAGCAGGUGGAUCAGAUGAGCAGUACUGCAGAGUUAGACAGGUGAAUGAAAUUAAUAAUUAAGCCAGUCAUCAGUGCCAAGAUCCCCGUACUUCUUCUAUAGUAUAGUUGCUUUAUAUUUCAUUUAAAGUUAACAUAACUACAUCAUGUAAGGCUCAAAUUGGCCUUAUUGAUGGUCAAGCCCAGUGAUGUUGGCUCCACACUGGUAACCACGGCAACUUCCUGCAUGUCAUUCCUUACUCCCGCCCCUCCCCGACUAUAUCUACUGUCCUCUUUCUGAGAAAAGGCUAAGUCUGGAAGUCUAAAAAAUAACAUAAUAAAUUGAAAAUGUAGUUUUUGUUCAUGUUUGAUUAGCAGAAAAGAGAAUUAUGCUUUAGGUUUAUGUUAGGAAAUAUUUUAUAUUUUAUAUGUCCUUGUGUUCUUCAUUUCUAAUUGAUAUAAUGCUUUUCCAGUUCCUGAGUAUUGGUGUUAUUGGAGUAUUUGGAGAGAUUUCAAAUUCCUCAACAUCAAGUUCAAUGCUUUAUAGGUUUUCCUCAUGACUUGUAACCU